AUGAGUCAUCAUCAUCAUCACCACCAAGCUUCUCUUGUAGUUGCAUAUCUUCUUUUAAUCUUUUUAGGAUUUUUUGGUGUUCAUAGAUUUUAUGUAGGUCGUACAAUUUCAGGAGUUGUGUACCUUCUCACUGGUGGUAUUUUUGGUAUUGGAUAUAUUGUAGAUUUCUUUUUACUUCCAUCACUCGUUUGUCACUAUAAUAAUAAACAUCAUGAUCAUACAACAGUGAUCGUUUCACCAACUCCAGUUGUUUAUCAAUCAGGUUCACAACAUUAUGCUCCAUACCAACCACAACCAUACUAUGCUCAACAACCAAUUCAACCACAACAACAACAAUAUUAUCAACAACCAUACCAACAACAACAAUAUCAACCACAACCAUACCAACCAAAUUCUCCACAAUAUCAACCAUAA